AUGGCCUCAGAUGACUCCGUCCCAGUGGCAGAACCCGUGUGUGCCAGGGCCUCUCAGGGCCACCCUCUGGGGACAGACGAGAACCUGACGAUUCUAGCCAGGAAAACGCCACCCCUGCCAGGACCCUCUCACCUGGCCAUUCACCCAGGGAUCCUCCGUCUCUGGAGACCAACUAGACCUGUGUCCCCGGAGUGGAAGCUGCAUUUCCCACACUUGCUGAAUGACUGGGACGUGCUCUCAGCACCCCUGGUGUUCUGCACAUUAUUCCACUACCUUGGCAGCGUGUACAUCAACUUAAUUUUCACUCUGAGCUCACCCCCUACCAGGCCCCAGCGAGUGACCAUUCUUAUCAAAGGGGCAGCAAAACUGCCGCCAGCGUGUCCUGUGCGGCCAGCCGUCCCUCCACCGCGCGCUGCGGGCUGCCACUCCAGGACCGUGCUUCAGACAGGUCCGCUCCCCCAUCCGAGAAACACUGAUGUCUCUGUGGCUGACUCCAGGCUCUUUCUUCGGUCUCAAAGCUGGAGCAAGAACUACAAGGCAGUUUGCCUGGAAUUGAAACCAGAGCCGAUCAAAACAUAUGACUACAAAGAAGUUAAACAGGGAGGGCCGUUUACCAAACCAGGAGGGACAAAGGACCUAAAGAAUGAACUCAGGGAGGUGAGGGAAGAGCUCAAGGAAAAAAUGGAGGAGAUCAAACAGAUAAAGGAUGUAAUGGACAAGGAUUUUGAUAAACUUCAGGAAUUUGUGGAGAUCAUGAAGGAAAUGCAGAAGGAUAUGGAUGAGAAGAUGGACGUUUUAAUAAAUAUACACAAGAACAGCAAGCGUCCCCUAAGAAGAGGACCAAAGGAACAGCAAGACCUCAGGCUGGUGGGAAAGACAGUCACAGAGCCACAGCUCCAGCUCAAGAAAUUGGAUGGCGCUGAUGGAAUACCGCUUGGGCUUCACAAGAAGAUGAUGGUCCUGCAGACACCAAAUAAGAACCCAAUGGAUUCCCUGCACCAGUGUGAGCCCUGCUGUGAGAAAUGUUUGUUGUGUGCCCCAAAGAACAACUACAACCAGGGGAAACUUCCACACCCGGCCUGGGCACCCUUUUCACCCUUGGCCUCUGGACCUGCCUUCUGAUCUAUCUGUGCUUCAUCUCCCACGGGACCGAGGCCGUCCUUCCAACCUAGCGCCACCGGAGGACCUACUCGCAGCAGCUCAGGUCCAACCUCUUCCCACUCCUGAGCCACACAGUGACGGCCUGUGGCCCUCAGCGAACCAUCCUGCCCCCGGGCUCCCUCCACCGGAGAGUAAAAUCUUCAUUUAAAGCCAAUACGGGCAACCACGUGUUGACUAUCGGCCCCAAACUUGAGUGUGCCGAGUGCGCCUCCCAAGGAUGGAAAUCCGUGUAUUUCCAAUCCCUCUUCCUGCUUCCUGAGGGUUUAGUGGAAAAUUCUUAGGGUCAUCCUUAGGUCAGCCUUUCUCCCCUCAACCCCCGGCUCCCUC